AUGUUUCUCAUUUAUGCUUUUAUAGCAUGUCUUGUAUUUUACUAUGUCUUAAAGAAACCAAGUACUCCACGUGGUCUUAAAAAGCUUCCUUCGCCUGCUGGACAUUAUUGGCAAGUUGGUCCCGAACCACACAAAAAAUUUACAGAAUGGGCAAAAACAUUAGGCGAUAUAUAUAGCGUACAAAUGGGUCAACAACGUUGGAUUAUAUUAACAGGAGAUAAAGUAGUUAGUGAUCUUUUACAAAAACGCGGUAAAAAAUAUUCGUCUCGCCCACCGAAUUAUUACUUUUUUCAAAUAUUGGCAAGAGGUAAAGGGCUUAUUAAUUGCCCAUAUAAUGAGAGAUUUAAAACGCUUUCAGCAAUUAUACAUGAAAUUUUAAAUCAACGAGCUGUAAAAGAACAUUCCAAUUUAAUUGAUUUACAAUAUCGUACGCUUAUGCAAAAUCUUUAUCAAGAUUCAACGAAUCCAAAAGGUGGAAUAUAUCAUAAAUAUCAUUUUCAACUAGCAAGUUUAAAUAUCAUGACUUCCUUAUCCCUGGCUAGAAGUGUAAAAGAUAUUGAAGAUCCGCUUUAUAAGGAAUUUGAAGCUUCUAUGAGAUUUCAUUUGAAUCUUAUCAAAGUAACAAAUAGAUUAUCCGAUUUUUUUCCAAUGUUGAGAUGGUUUUUGAAUAAUAAAUUAUAUUAUGAUGUAAUCAAAGAUAGAAGUAUGAUUGAAAUUUUAUUUAGAAAAUUAAUUGAAGAAGUUAAAAACGAUAAGGAAAAGAAGCCUUGUUUUAUGAGAAGUUUACUUUGUAAAGUUGAUGAAGGGAUACUAGAUGAAUUGGAUGUUGUUUAUCUUAUAAAUAAUAUUUUUAAUGCUGGAACUGAUGCAAUCUCUUCAAGCUUGACAUGGAUCACGGCUGCUUUAGCCAAUAAUCCUCAUGUUCAAGAUAAAGCUCACCAAGAACUUGAUCAAGUAAUUGGUCAUUCUCGUUUACCGAAUGCUUCUGAUGAACCAAACUUGCCUUAUAUACGUGCAAUUAUCAAAGAAGGUCAAAGAUACUGUGGCCCGAUUUAUCUUGGUGUGCCCCAUUAUAUUGAAGAAGAUGAUGAAUAUAAUGGAUAUCAUAUUCCGGCAAAUUCGGUUGUUAUUUUAAAUCAAUAUGGAAUUCAUAUGAACGAGAAAAAAUAUGAAAAUCCAAAAGAGUUUAAACCUGAAAGAUUUUUUGGAAUUAAAGAAAGUAGCGCAACUUUAGCAAAAGGUUGUUUUGAAAAUAGAGAUCAUUUUGGAUUUGGAGCUGGAAGAAGACUUUGUGCUGGAAUUCAUUUUGCCGAACUUGAGCUUUUUUUGGGUGUUUCACGUCUUCUUUGGUGCUUCAAGAUCGAAAAUGCAUCACCAUUAGGUAAAGAUGGUAAACCAAUACCAAUUAAUUUGGAUAAGGCGCAAAUGGGAAUAAGUAUUUAUUGCAGUUCUAAACUUACAAAUUGUAGUGCUCAAGCAAAACUUAAAAGAUAUUUAAUAGAUUGUAUUUGUUAUACUUG